UCUCAGAAUCAAAAGCAAUUCAUUCUUUUACAAACAAAAAAAAAGGAAAACUAGUUCUUCUGUGAAAAAAAAAUGUCGGGUCGUGGAAAGGGAGGAAAAGGAUUGGGGAAAGGAGGAGCGAAGCGUCACAGGAAGGUUCUGAGAGACAACAUCCAAGGAAUCACCAAGCCGGCGAUCCGAAGGUUGGCUCGUAGAGGUGGAGUCAAGCGUAUCAGUGGUCUCAUCUACGAAGAGACACGUGGAGUCCUCAAGAUCUUUUUGGAGAACGUGAUCCGUGACGCUGUUACCUACACCGAGCACGCUAGGAGGAAGACUGUCACCGCCAUGGAUGUCGUCUACGCUCUCAAGAGGCAAGGAAGGACUCUCUACGGAUUCGGCGGUUAAGGGCUUCUUAAGAUUUGUGUUUGUAGAUCUGUCUCUGAAAAAAAUUAGGUUUUCGAGAACUCUCAAUGUGGGUAUUUUAGCAAAUGUUGCAAGACUUCGUUUCCUUAAUUUUGUUGUCUUCUUUAGUAAUGUGUUUUCUCAUUUGCAAAUUUAUCAACAAUGGAAUUAAAAUUAGCUUCGAUUACUCGA